GGUCGCGGCCCGCUCGCUGCCAACGGGCCGGCCGCGGCGUCAGCAGCGCGCCAGGCACCCGCCCCGAGUCGCCCGCCCCGACCCUCCCGGCGCCACACGCAGUAGCUGCUUUGCAGAUGGGUACGGAGUGAAGGCGGGCAGCUGAGCGGACAGAGGACCCCGCUCGCCGACUCCGCGCCGGCCGACCCCGCGGGUCACCGCGGGAGGGCGGGCGCGCACGCCCCGCCCAACGCGCUUCCGGCCGAGCCACGUGACCGCGCGCGCACGUGUUCCGGCUCCUCGGCGCCGCGGGCCGGAAGCCGCUCCCUGCGGCUUCCCGGCUGCUGCUCGCCGAGAGCCGUCGCGGGCCGGCGGGGGAGGCGGCGCGCCGGGAACGGCGCAGACGCGGCGCCGGACGGGGAGCGGGCAGCGGCCUCGCCAUGAACCCCAGGGGCCUGUUCCAGGACUUCAACCCGAGUAAGUUCCUCAUCUACGCCUGCCUGCUGCUCUUCUCCGUGCUGCUGCCCCUCCGCCUGGACGGCGUCAUCCAGUGGAGCUACUGGGCCGUGUUCGCCCCCAUCUGGCUGUGGAAGCUCCUGGUCCUCGCGGGCGCCUCGGUGGGCGCGGGCGUCUGGGCGCGGAACCCGCGCUACCGCACGGAGGGGGAGGCCUGCGUGGAGUUCAAGGCCAUGCUGAUCGCCGUGGGCCUCCAUCUAAUGCUGCUGCUGUUCGAGGUCCUGGUUUGCGACAGGGUGGAGCGGGGGACCCACUUCUGGCUUCUGGUCUUCAUGCCGCUCUUCUUUGUGUCCCCCGUGUCCGUGGCCGCCUGCGUGUGGGGCUUCCGACACGACCGGUCCCUGGAGCUGGAGCUCCUGUGCUCCGUCAACGUCCUGCAGUUCAUCUUCAUCGCCCUGAGGCUGGACCGGAUCAUCCACUGGCCGUGGCUGGUGGUGUUUGUGCCGCUUUGGGUCCUCAUGUCCUUCCUCUGCCUGGUGGUCCUGUAUUACAUCGUCUGGUCCCUCCUGUUUCUGCGCUCCCUGGAUGUGGUUGCCGAGCAGCGAAGAGCACACGUGACCAUGGCCGUCAGCUGGGUGACGAUCGUGGCGCCCCUGCUCACCUUCGAGGUUCUGCUGGUGCACAGGCUGGACGGCCACAACGCGUUCUCCUUCAUCUCCACGUUCAUCCCCCUUUGGCUUUCGUUAAUCACGUUGAUGGCCACGACGUUUAGGCGGAAAGGGGGCAACCACUGGUGGUUUGGUAUUCGCAGAGAUUUCUGUCAGUUUCUGCUCGAAAUGUUCCCAUUUUUAAGAGAAUAUGGGAACAUUUCCUAUGAUCUACAUCAUGAAGAUAGUGAAGAUGCUGAAGAAACAUCGGCUCCAGAAGCGCCUAAAAUCGCUCCUAUGUUUGGAAAGAAGGCCAGGGUGGUGAUAACCCAGAGCCCUGGGAAGUAUGUUCCCCCACCCCCCAAGUUAAGUAUUGAUAUGCCAGAUUAAACCCGUCUUCUGGGGCGUGUCCGCAAGCGGAAGAGAAACCAUAUACACACAAAAUCCACCUUCCUCUUUUGCCCAUCCGUGCCAAACCUGGAACUGAAAACAGGCUCCAGACGUCAUUUCAUGCCUUGUUUGAGGUUGACGCCUAUCAGUGACUCGUCAGUAGUCACCAGAGAUGCAGGAGGUUAUUUUACUGGGCAGCUGUGUGUGUGUGUGUGCGCGGUGUGCCUCCGUGUGUGAGGAGCUUGUUCUCUAGGCUGGUGUUUGCGAGCUAGGUGAGAGCAGUAAAUAGAAUUGUUUAGGUAGGUUCUCAAAUGGAGUGACCACACAGCUGGGUCUUUUUAAAAGUGGUACUAUACCUAUCAAAAGUAUUGUUUUGAAAAGUAUUUUUAUACACUGCCAACGUAAAAUUGUAUUUCAGAUUGCGCCUGUUGUGACACAGUAGCAAAUGUAAAGAAUUCUCUUUCCCACCACUUGCAUAUAAGCCUCAUAGUUGUUAUUUUUAGUGUUCCUACUGUUAGAAUGGUUUUUCUUUGGGUUUUGCCGAUAUUGGUCUUUAACAGCCUAAUAGGUGAAUUUUUCUAAUGCAGUGAAUCCAUCCAUAUGAUAUUUAUAUGACUGUUUUAGCACUGUAAUAUAUUAUGUUGAAUUCUA